AUGGGAUAUAUAUAAGGUGUUGCCGAAGGUUGUUAUGGUGGAGGAGGACUGGGACGAGCGGGAGGCUGAUGCUGUCUGAUUGUUCUCCUCAGUCUGGCUCCUCCUGUUUACCCACUCAUAGAAGGCCGAAAUGGCUUUUUAUGCCCCAGCAUCUAUACUUGACCUGUCAGAUGAUGUCCUUCUCCUUAUCUUCUCUUACCUAAAGUCAUGGAACCUCCACAGUUUGUCACAAACAUGUGAACGCUUCAAUAAAGUGGCUAGUGACAAGUCACUGUGGACAGCUGUUGACUUCAGUGAAGGAUGUCUGUCCCUGCAGCAGCUGAAGCGUUGCCACGUCUUCCUACGCUCUACUACUCGUCAGCUAAUUUUACGAGGACACAAAAAAAAAUAUGCAGGCACUCCCAAAUGGAAGACUCCUCUUAUAAGUGCUGCUCUUUUGAAAUUAAUUGGUGAGAGAUGCCCAAAUCUUGAGGAGUUAACACUAAGUGAAGCUUAUGUUGAUGCCAACAAACUCAAGGUGACAGAUUUUUUACCUGUUCAAUCUCUUACUAAGUUUUGUCUUAUUGACUGUGAGUUUGUGAACUUGCCAUCGCCCUCACGAGAUGGAUCAUACUUCAGGAGAACCCACAAAAUUCUUCCCAGAUUAGAGUGCUUGAAAAUAAUCAAGUGUGCAUGGGUAGAUGACUAUGAUGUCAUGGUGCUUAGUAAAGUUGAUUCUCUGAAGAAAUUAGUGUUGAGAAAUUUACCCAAAGUAGGAAGGGCUAUGGCAUAUAUUGCUCUUAGUUUUCGAUUUGGUUUCCAAAAUUUGGAAGAGUUAGAUGUGAGAGGUACUAGUUUAGAAGACAAUGAGGUGAUAUCAAUUGUGAAGAAUGGAAAACUUAGGGCACUUUAUCUAGGUCCAAUGGGUCCUGUUAAACGUUUGCCAGAGGAACCCCCUGGAGGCUAUAACCUCAUUAUGCCAGAUCCUCGUUGGCAAGAAGAAAGGCAGCAGGUAGUAGUUAUCAAUGUUGGACCAAAUGGACCUCAGUGGCGACAGGUAAAUGAUGAGGAACUUGAUGGAAUGGGCCUUCAGUGGGUGAGGAAUGCACCGGUUGUCCAACGUCAACGAGCAGAGGAAGAAGAUGAAGACAGGCACUACUUCAUUGGUAAAGAUGGAAGACCUGUUGAAGCAGAAGAAAAUGAUGAGGAAGAGGAUGAGGAGGAUGGGGAUGAUGAUUCUGAGGAUGAUAAUGGUGCUGUGCAAGAAGAAGACAAAAAGAAACAACAGUCGUCUUACAGAUCUGAGGAAGCAGCAGAACAACAGCAAGGAGAGGGGCAGGAUAAGCUAAGUCAAGCUUAUGCUGAGGAAAAAGAAGAAAGGGAAGGUAAUUCCCUCAAGAAGAAUCAGAACAAGGAAGAAGAUGCAGACAAUUUAAGAGGAGAUCCUGAUGAUGAUUUGCAAUGUGAGGCCUAUCAAGUCCCUGAUGAAUGCUUAUCUGAUAAAUUAGUCUUUGCAUUCGGCCAAACAACUAAACAUCUCCACACUUUAAUACUCUCAGGCUGUGCUAUCACUGACGUUGGCCUACAAGAGAUUAUUCGACUAGUUCCUUCUUUGAGACUUCUUGAUGUAACCAACACCAAAGUAACAAAUGGUGCCGUACAAGAGGCAAGAGUUGCACGUCCUGAAUGUGUGAUAUUGGGCGGUGGAACAAGAGUUGUGCGGCAACAAAAUAACAGAUGAUGUUGAUUGUGACACAUAUGUAAAAGGUAAAAAGAAUAUUCUAUUGACUAGGAGCCUGUACACUAUGAAAUAUAAUAUCGCCUUUCAUCCAGGUAUUUGAGAGUAGUAUGCGCUCGAUAAAUAUACUAGUACGUAUGGCACAGUAACAUACUUGUGAUGUAUGGUGCAAUUGCUACAUACACCAAUACCUCAGGUAUUCAGAACACAGUGAGGAUUUUGAUUGUCUGGGAAUUUCAGUAUUUAUAUUUGUUAGUUAUACAUCUACCAGUAUGUAAUGUAUGCAUACUAUAUGUUAUAUAAUAUGUAUACAGUACUGUGUAAGUAUGCAGCUAUAACAGAUUAUCUGUAAGUAACAUGUAAUUUGCAGUAUUUCCAGGCCUGACGCUGUGAAAUAUAAUUGGUGUUAAAAAUUUGUGGUAUAUUUCAGAGCAUUAAACAUGGCUGCAUACACUUAGUUAAACUAAGUACAGUGAAAGAGAUCUCAUGGAGAAUGACUAUGCUAUUUUCAGGUGUGGAAAUACAUUUACAGAAAAUGGUAAUUUUAAUAAUUUUUUAUAUGCUUUUUAAUGAGGUAUAAUCAUUUAAGUGUUAAAAGUUGUGUGUUUACUCACAUGUGAAACAUAUUGAUAAGCUUAAUACUGUAAUCAUGGAUUUAUUUACUACUCGGCUAUUGUUCCAGUCACUAAAUUGUCUUGAUCUGAAGCAUUACUGGUGCUGUAAUAGUUGCUGGAUAUAAUAAGUUUCCUUGAGUGGUGACAAUUAUUUUUCAAAGAAAAAUUUUAGCAUAUGGGAAAGUUUCCUUGGUGGGGGAUAUUAGAGGAUCCUGUUACCUGAGAUUAAAAGAAGGUACAAGUUCUCUCCUUCAUAUAAAAAAUCAAAGUACUGUACAGUAUAUUAAAUUUCCUUCUAAGUUAGUAUUUCUCCUCUCCCAGUAAGGAUGUCACGAGAGGGAUGAAUUAGCAAUGAACAAAGUUAUUACAACAUUUAUAUAUUUAUAUGUAACAGCGUUUAGGUAGUCCAAAUGUUUUCUUAAAAGAGAGAGAUUUUAAAGUACUUGGAAAAGAGGAAAGAAACUAUGACAUUUGCUGAUCUGAAGAAGCAUAUGAUAGUCAGUAGAAUAUUAAAAAUGUAUGGAAUGAGCAGGAAACAGUGAAUUCUGUUUAAAGAGUUUUUUUUUUUUUU